GCCGGGGCCGCCCCGCGACUUCGGCGGCAUCAUCCAGACCUGCAGCGGCAACGUGCAGCGCAUCGCGCAAUGCACUGCUCAGAUAAAGAAUUUGAUGAGCCAGCUAGGAACCAAACAAGACUCCAGCAAACUGCAGGAAAAUCUACAACAGCUACAGCAUUCUGCAAAUCGGCUUGCCAAGGAGACAAAUGAGUACCUCAAAGAGCUGGGUUCUCUGCCACUUCCUUUAUCUGCCUCUGAACAGCGUCAACAGAAACUUCAGAAGGAGCGUUUAAUGAAUGACUUCUCUGCAGCUUUAAAUAACUUCCAAGCGGUACAGAGAAGAGUCUCAGAGAAAGAGAAGGAGACUGUAGCCCGGGCAAGAGCUGGCUCCCGUCUCUCAGCAGAUGAGCGACAGAGAGAGGAGCAGCUGGUCUCAUUUGAUAGUAAUGAAGACUGGAAUCAAAUGCAGUCUCAGGAAGAAGACACGGCUAUAAGUGAACAGGAUCUUGAACUCAUUAAAGAGAGGGAAACUGCAAUCAGGCAGUUGGAGGCAGAUAUUUUGGAUGUCAAUCAGAUAUUUAAGGAUUUAGCAAUGAUGAUUCAUGAUCAAGGAGACAUGAUUGAUAGCAUAGAAGCAAGUGUGGAAAGUGCAGAAGUCCAUGUGGAAGGAGCCAGUGAACAGUUACAGAGAGCUGCUUAUUAUCAGAAGAAAUCUCGUAAGAAGAUCUGCAUUCUGAUUCUUGGCCUUGCUGUGGCUUCCAUAAUCCUAGGACUCGUUAUCUGGCAGGCAACAAAAUGAAAUUUCCACGUGGAAUAUAAUCUCAUUGCAGAGAUUUCUGCCCCCCCCCUUCCCUCUCACACACCCCACAGGAGAAAACAGGCUGACUAGUCUUGGAAAUGAGUUGAACAGCUUGAAAGAGCACAAGCCAGAAUUUCUUCUAGUGAUAGAUAUUAGAAACUAAUGUGCAGAUAACUAGUACUUGGAAUUAGUGAACCAUGGAGACCAGUAUUUAUCAGUUAAUGUACAAAUUAUAUUGCUUAAUGUAAUUAAUCUCCUGUGGUUUUUGCUUUCUGUACUGUAUUAUUAUUCCCUGACCCAACUGUAUAUUGAAUAGUGUGAUAAAUACUUGGAGAUAUCUUUGUUUUUUGACAAGUGACACAGUUUUAACAUUUUUAUAUGUAUAGUUUAACUUUUUUGUAGGACUGGAGUAGAACGACUCCCAAGAAGGCACUAUACUGGUUCUCAUUACCAGUAAUUUCUAAAAUCCUUAGUGCUCACCCCAUGGAUUUAUUAGUCUCCAAGUGGCCAUAGCCAUUCUUUUCUAGAGAAACGUUACCACUGUAUCUUUGAAAGAUGAGAUGUGCAUGAGGUGGCCAAGGUUGAAAUCUCAAAUGGGCCAAGUUACUGAUCUGUUUGGCCUAGAGGUAUUUGUACCUGGUUGGUUUUUUGUUUGACUUGUUUGUUUGACUGGUAAUGAGUUUUUUGUUUUUGGGUUGGUUUUUUUUCCAAAUACAGUGUUCUUGGUGACAAUACAUCAUUUAACCUAACACACUCCUAAAAAUACAUUUUCCUUAGUUAAACUUGUUGGUGGAUUACUGUCACCAGACACUUAAGUCUUUUCUCAUGCUACACCUUCAGCACUUUAGGUAAAAUUUAAAAAAUUCUCUUGGAACGCAUUAUGACAUGUUCAGUUGCAGAAUUCAGACUUGCACACUUCAGGGGGUUUGCAGUUAAUAAAAUUCACUUACAUUUUUAAGCACAUUUUCAGUGAUUUAAAGCCAUAUGAAGGUUGUAAACCUUUGGCCUCAAGUUUACUAGCUAAUAAGAGGGUUCAGUAGUAUCUGAAACCAAAUUGUUUAGAAAUGGCUUGUUCAUAAUAUUUAAUUGAUAUUAGGAUGUAUAGUAGGCGUUCUGUAAAAUAAUGCCACUUAUGAUUGGUAACUUCCAUCAUUUUACAAACAGAACUCUGAACUUGGUUAGUAAAUCAGUGGUACUUUUUUGAAUGGCUGAAAAUUGUUUGACCAACUGCUCCUUGGAAGAGAUUUCUGGUUCCUCUUAAUGUCUUACAAAUAGGACUUGAUAAAAUUGUACUUGUCACGCUUUCUGAUGUAGCUAUGAAAUGAAACGCACUGAAGGAAUGAGAUUCUAGCUAACACUUAGAAUGUGGUGAUUGCAGCAUAUUGAUUUUUCCCCCUUCCC